AUGAUGAGUAAUGCUCUGAGGCGAUUUGACCCUGCUUGGUUUGAAAAAUAUGAUGGAAUAAUUAAGCAUGAGAGAUUAGGCACCCAUGUGGGUAAACCCAACAGUUCUCAUAAUUAUGCUAUUGAGAAAUGUGUUAAUUUGAUGAAUCAAGGUCAAUCUAUUGUGCAUGCGUUGUUUAAGCAGGAUGAUGUGAUGAAGAGAGAGUAUCACAUUCCUUUAAAUACUUCGAUUGAUGCUUCUAGAUAUUUGUUGCGACAAGGGAUAGCUUUUCAUGGUCAUGAUGAGUCAGAAGAGUCUGCCAAUAAAGGAAAUUUCUUAGAACUCGUGAAAUACACAGGAGAACAAAAUGAUGCUACAGAACAAAUGGCAGUCGUAUUUCGAUUUGUUGAUAAGAGUGGAACAGUGAAAGAAAGGUUUAUUGAAGUAGUUCAUGUAAAAGAAACGUCAUCUGCAUCCGUGAAGUCUGCUAUUGAUGAUUUGUUUGCUAAAUACGGGUUGAGCUUGAAAACGGUGAGAGGACAAGGCUAUGAUGGAGCAAGCAUUAUGAAAGUUGCCAAGGGUGUUGCGAAGUCUUUUGAUCUUCUUUCUCUUCUCCUAAAAAUUAUUGUUGUCUACAAGUAA